AUGAAGCUCGAUCCCAAGGCGAUCCGAUACCUCACUGCUGAGGAUUUCCGCGUCCUCACCGCGGUGGAGACAGGGAGUCGAAACCAUGAAGUGGUACCGACGCCGUUGAUUGUGCAGCUUUCGGGUCUUCGUGGCGGCAGUGGAGUUCACCGGGCUAUCUCCAAUCUGGCCAAGACGAAUCUUAUCGCCAAGGUGAAGAAUGCGAAAUACGAUGGCUAUCGGCUCACCUACGGAGGUCUCGACUACUUGGCGCUGAACGCUCACCAGAAGCAGAAAUGCAUCUACUCCGUCGGCAACCAGAUCGGUGUUGGCAAAGAAUCGGAUAUCGUCGUGGUGGCAGACAACAAAAAAACGCAAUGCAUCUUGAAGAUCCACCGUCUGGGCCGCAUUUCCUUCCGCUCAGUCAAGAACAACAGAGACUACCUGCGUCAUCGAAGCUCGGCUUCGUGGAUGUACAUGUCGCGAUUGGCUGCGAUGAAAGAGUUCGCGUUCAUGAAGGCGCUUCGCGAAAACGGCUUCCCCGUACCAGAGCCGAUUGCGCAGAACAGACACACAAUUGUUAUGAGCUUGAUCGAUGCAUUCCCACUUCGUCAGAUCUCGAAAGUCGCCAAACCGGCAUUGCUGUAUUCGGAAUUGAUGGGCUAUAUCAUGGAACUUGCUCGCUUCGGCCUUAUCCAUGGAGACUUCAACGAGUUCAACAUUCUGAUUAAAGAGGAGGAGGAUCCGAACGCGAAGGGAAAAGCUCCUGCCGACGCAGAGGAUGAUGGUGAGAAUAUCCGGCUGGUUCCGGUCAUUAUCGAUUUCCCACAGAUGGUAUCAGUUGACCAUCCGAAUGCUGAGAUGUAUUUCGACCGCGAUGUAAAUUGCAUCAAGCGCUACUUCCAGCGGAAAUUUCAUUUCGUCAGCGAUGAACCAGGCCCGUUCUUCGCAGACGCCAAGAAGCAGCUCCUGAAGAAUCCUGGGAAACGACUAGACGUUGAGGUUGAAGCCUCCGGUUUCUCCAGAAAAAUGGCUCGUGAACUGGAAGCCUACAUGAAGGAGGUUGGAGCCAACGGUGACGGAGGAGAGCCGAAAGAAGAUGACGAGGAGAGUGAUGACGAGGAAGAGCAAUCAGGAUCCGACUCGCAGGAAGAAGAGGAACAAGCCGAAGAAUAUGUAGUAAGGGGUAUCGGAUCAGAGAAAUUGGGCAAUACGCCGAUUGACGAUAUCAGUGAGAGUUCCCGGAAAUUGGGAGAACUGCACGUGUCGGAGGCUUCUGAAAGCCGGUAA